AUGGGUAAAGGCACGGAUAAACUAUACAUCACCCAUUCCGAAUGGUCAUCCUCUGAUGCAUUCUCCGCGAGUAGCGGAUCAAAUGUUUCCCAAAAAGCUCCCAAUGGCUCAUUCAAGCGCCUUCCCUUCAACUUUUGUGCGGCGAGUUUACAACCAUUCAAACAUCCAGUCUGUACAGCAGAAGGUACUAUAUUCGAUAUAGAAGUUAUUUCACAAUGGCUCGAGAAGCAUGGCACAAAUCCUAUCAAUGGAAAUCCAUUGAGUGCGAAAGAUUUGAUAAAAUUGAACUUUGCGCGGAAUGGAGAUACUGAUGCGCAAGAAAGAGGAUCUGGUGGUGCUGGAGGGGAUGGCAAAGGAGAAAUGGUGGACCCAGUUACCUUCAAAGUCUUUACGGAUAAUACGCAUAUUGUCGCUAUAAGGCAUGGUACCGAGGCCAACGUAUUUGCAUGGGAAACUGUCGAAAGAUUGAAUAUCAAGGCAAAGAUGUGGUUGGAUUUAGUCGAUGAUAGAGAAUUUGGAAGGUCGGAUAUCAUAACAUUACAAGAUCCGCAAAAUAUCGAAAGUCGAGAUCUUAGCAAGUUUAAAUUCUUGAAAGAAGGAGAGUCUGUUUUGAGCAAAGAACAAGAAGAAGAGAGGUCGAAAGGUAGCGUCAAUAUUAAUGCAUUGGGCAGAGUUGGAGAUAAAGUUUUGAGGGCAAAGGAAGCUGUUGAGAAAGCUAGGAGGGAAAGGGAGGCUGGCGGAGAUGUUAAUCGCACGAAAUCAAUGGUUAAACCAGGGUCGACAACUUCUAUGGCGAAACCUUCAUUAUACAGGAAAGAGAAGAUGGCAUACAAUGCAGCACAAUAUACAACAGGAAGAGCGGCAGCAAGUUUUACAAGCACGGGCUUGACUCCAGAAACCAGUGGAGAAAGAGCAAUCCUUACGGAUGAAGAAUAUAUGUUAAAGCCGAAACGAGUUAAGAUAAAGGGGUACGCUAGGAUUGAAACGAAUUUGGGAUCAUUGAAUAUCGAAUUACAAACCGAAACGGCACCUCGCGCGGUAUGGAAUUUUGUCCAAUUGGCCAAAAAAGGUUACUAUAAUGGUGUAUCAUUUCAUAGGAAUAUCCGAAAUUUUAUGAUUCAAGGAGGUGAUCCAACAGGAACUGGUAAAGGAGGUUCAAGUAUUUGGGGAAAGAACUUUCAGGAUGAAUUCGACGGACCUUUGACUCAUGAUUCGAGGGGUGUAAUGAGUAUGGCCAACAAGGGAAAAAACACCAACUCGAGUCAAUUCUUCAUCACCUACAAAGAAGCUAAACAUUUAGAUCGGAAACAUACCAUUUUUGGUCGUGUAGUCGGUGGUAUGGAUGUUACUCUCUAA